AUGGCGGUGGCGUCGCGGCUGGCGGUCGCGCGGGUGUCGCCGGACGGCGCUCGCCCCGCGGCGGCAGGGAGGGGGAGGACGAGGGGCCUCGCGGUGGUUCGGCUCCCGCCGGCCGCCAUGACAGGGAGGAGGAGGCGCGGCGGGGCCGUCGCGGCCAGUCCCCCCACGGAGGAGGCCGUGCAGAUGACGGAGCCGCUCACCAAGGAGGACCUCGUCGCCUACCUCGUCUCCGGGUGCAAGCCCAAGGAGAAUUGGAGAAUUGGCACGGAGCAUGAAAAGUUUGGUUUCGAAGUCGACACAUUACGCCCUAUAAAAUACGAUCAGAUUCGCGACAUACUGAACGGGCUCGCUGAGAGAUUUGAUUGGGACAAGAUAAUGGAAGGAGACAAUGUUAUUGGCCUCAAGCAGGGAAAGCAAAGCAUCUCACUAGAACCUGGAGGCCAAUUUGAACUUAGUGGUGCUCCUCUCGAAACAUUACAUCAAACUUGUGCUGAGCUCAAUUCACAUCUUUAUCAGGUCAAAGCAGUUGGAGAGGAAAUGGGAAUAGGAUUUCUUGGGCUUGGCUUUCAGCCGAAAUGGGCACUGAGUGAUAUACCAAUAAUGCCAAAGGGAAGAUCUGAAAUAAUGAGGAAUUACAUGCCUAAAGUUGGUACUCUUGGCCUUGAUAUGAUGUUCCGGACAUGUACUGUGCAGGUUAAUCUUGACUUCAGUUCGGAACAGGAUAUGAUAAGGAAAUUUCGCGCUGGCCUUGCACUGCAGCCUAUUGCAACUGCAAUAUUUGCCAAUUCUCCCUUUAAAGAAGGAAAACCAAAUGGAUUUCUCAGCUUAAGGAGCCAUAUCUGGACAGAUACUGAUAACAACCGUGCAGGGAUGCUCCCUUUUGUCUUCGAUAACUCAUUUGGGUUUGAGCAAUAUGUGGAUUAUGCAUUAGAUGUUCCAAUGUAUUUUGUGUAUCGAAAUAAAAAGUAUAUUGACUGCACCGGAAUGUCGUUUAAGGAUUUUAUGCAAGGAAAGCUCCCACAGGCUCCUGGGGAGUUGCCUACUCUUAAUGAUUGGGAGAACCAUCUAACAACAAUUUUUCCUGAGGUUAGAUUAAAGAGAUACCUUGAGAUGAGAGGUGCUGAUGGUGGCCCAUGGAGGAGAUUGUGUGCGCUGCCUGCAUUCUGGGUUGGGCUGCUGUACGAUGAGGAAUCGUUACAAAGUAUUAUAGACAUGACUUUUGAUUGGACAAAGGAGGAAAGAGAGAUGCUAAGACGGAAGGUACCGUUGACUGGUUUGAAGACACCAUUUCGUGAUGGAUAUGUAAGAGAUUUAGCUGAGGAAGUUCUAAAACUGGCCAAGAGUGGACUGGAAAGAAGAGGAUACAAGGAGGUUGGUUUCCUUAGAGAGGUUGACGAAGUGGUGAGAACAGGAGUGACACCUGCUGAGAGACUUCUGAAUCUGUACGAGACGAAGUGGCAACGCAACGUAGACCAUGUUUUCGAGCAUUUGUUAUACUGA